AUGGCGGAGCUUCUCAGAGCGCAGCUUGCGCAGGUACGACGUCGCCAGAAGGCGGCCGAGGCCAAGUUUGCAGCGUUGGAAAGCGAGGCCUCGCAGCUGCGGCGGCAGCUGGAUUCCGGCAAGCAGGCCGCCGAGCAAUCAGUCGCGGAUACCGAAGAGGCGCCGCUGAUCUCCGCAGCUGGGUUGCGGCAGCGCUGUGCCCUUCCCACAGAGGCGAGCUUACUGCCCUGUGAGCUCUGGCCGUACGUCUACUCGUCUAUUGCUCGAGCAGCAGUUCCCGAGGCGGUGGUCGCCCGACUGCAGAAACAGUUUGAAGCGGCAAUUCCAUCGGCAUCGAAGCAGGGCACCUCCAGGCGGGUGACGCUGGAACGCCCCGAUCGAGACUUUCAAGCGUGCUUGUUCGAUCUCUGCCGCAUUCUUGCAGCAGCCCUGCGGGGUAGUCGAGACUUCAGCCUAGAGCUAGACCAGGCGUGGGGAGUGGCUCAACAGCAGGGGGAUUACAGCCCAGUCGCGGCACAUCGGAACCUAAAGUCUCCGCAUGGUUUUUCAUGCAUCAUGGACAUCGCUCUGCCGCCUUCGCUUAGCUACGAGAACCAUGAGAGGCCAUCAAAAGGUUCCUAUGGCUUUCAUGAUGGCUUGCACAACCUGCUUUGGAAAGGUGAUCGCACGACGGACAAAGACGACCUCGUGCAGCCUGGCAUCAUCCAGCUGGAGCUACGUCUGGGCCAGUUGUACGUGUUCCCCGACUGGGUGCAGACGCUGACAUACCCCUUUGAAGGCCCCGGCGAGAGGCGAUGGAUUGCAGCGACGGUCGCGCUGGCAGAAACAAGAGACGCGCGGCACGGAAGACCGGGAAGACACGAGAAGCUGAAGUUGCUCCCUAACCUCGCUUCAUAA